ACAGUCGUCACGCACAGUUCACGGCGGUCCGCGCACUACCAUCGGCUGCUAUACGAUAAUUCAUAUAUUUAACAUAAUACAUACGACUGAAACUGCGGUAUAUAUAUUUAUAUUCUGGUAAAGAAUACUACACCAGCAGCUAUACCAUGGUACCGUUGAAUCAGACACGGUCGUCCGCCGUGGGACGUCGAAACCGGAUCCGAGGGCCAUCGCUGCUGUUGUUGGUCUACGCGUGUGUCUGCAUCUGGGACAGCCAAGUCCAGUCACAGAGAGCCGGCGGCGGAAACCGGGAUGCGCCGGUGGUCAAUAUCCCCAGGCAAGGCGCCGUUUCCGGUGUUGAGGUGCAGCUCAACAAGAUUGGAAAUAGGGCCUGGACGUAUCUGGGCAUACCGUUCGCCAAGCCACCCAUCGGCAACUUGCGGUUUGCACCACCUGAUGUCGAUCCUCCACCCACGUGGAGUGGCGUCCUCGUUGGGUCUGCACACAAGCCAGCCUGCAUCCCGGACCCGCCAGUCCGGUCACAUCCCGUCCAUCGGCUGUUCUCCACCGUCACCCCGGGUCCUGUCAAGAUUUCCGAGGACUGCCUGUACCUGAACGUCUAUAGACCCGAAGGUGCGGUGCCGGAAGAAAAGUUCCCGGUCAUGGUUUGGUUUCAUCCUGGCGAUUUUCAUUGGGGAACACCAAUUUAUUGGGAUGCUUCGGUUUUGGCCGCUAGACACAAAGUGAUCGUGGUGACGACGGCCUAUCGGUUGAAUAUAUUGGGCUUCUACACGGACAACACUGCGGAGGCGUCGGGCAACUGGGGAUUGAUGGACCAAGCAGCCGCGUUGGACUGGGUGCAGCGAAACAUCGAAAGCUUCGGUGGAGCGGCGCAGAACGUGACGGUUUUCGGGCAGGGUUCGGGCGCGGUGAGCGUGGGCUUGCACGUGGUGUCACCCGGGUCCCGGGACAAGUUCCAUCGCGCGAUCAGCAUGAGUGGGAACGCGCUGCUUCGUACGGCAGUUAUGACCGCGGACGGACCGGAAGCGGUACUGGACGCUCUGGCUGACAAGUUCAACUGCUUCCGGAACACGUUGACCGGGUGCUUGCGGAACGUGGACGCCGAGUUACUGGUGAAGGGUGGUGGUUCGCUGACCCGUUGGGGCCCGGUGGUCGACGGCCUUGCGCUAUCCAACGACAGCAGCGGCCUAGAACCGUUUCUACCUGAAAUGCCAGCGGCUCUUAUGGACGACGGCCGGUUUGCCGCUGUUCCACACAUGAUCGGCUACAACCGGAUGGAGGAUGCGUUUGAUGCGUUUGACAAUGGGGACGGUGGCGGCGGUGGCGGCGAGGGCAUAACCAGAGAUCGGUUUGAGGCAUUAGUGCGGGAAGACGUCGCGGCCGACGACGAGGACGAUCGUCGGAUGCGUCAACUUCGGCGGCUCCAGCAACAACAACAACAGCAGCCGGCCGCGACGGUCACCACUGGCGAAGCGGUAACCGGACUCUCGGACGGUGGCAGUGUUGGAGGCGUGGUCGAUGACGAGGGGAACUGUACGCUGGACGCCGACUUUGUGGUGGACACGCUCGUGUUGCGUUACGCCAGGCAGACAGACGACCCAGAAACUCUGCGCCGGAACUACGUGACUAUGGCUGCCAACAAGGCUUACGGGGCUACCGGUUACCGGGUGGCCGGUUAUGUGUCACGCCUGAACGCCACCUACGUGUACCGGUACGAGUACAAGCUGCGUGCGACCAAGGCGCUGCCGGCCGCCGCCGAGUGGAUGGACGCGCCGCACGGCGCCGAGUUACCCGUCGUGUGGGGCAUGCCGUACUGGCCGUCGGCUGCGGCCAUCGACUGGACGGCCGCCGACCGCCGUAUGUCAGAUACCGCGAUGGCAAUGUGGACAAACUUCGCCCGGCACGCCGACCCGGCACACCGGUCAGCCGCGGUCAACGUCCGGUGGGAUGAGUACGAGACGCGCAGCCCCCGCGCCAUGGUGCUGGACAAGGUGCCAAACAUGUCACAACCUGACCAGGAGCCUGAGUUCUGGAACGAGUACUACCCCAAGGUGCUGGCCGUCGCGCUGCAAUGCUGCGCCAACCACACCAUAGAAUCGGCCGCCACCACAGUUGUCGGUGGGCCCGGGCCCGCCGCCCUGAUUGCGUUGUGUCUGGUGGCCCUCUCGUGGUCGUUGGUCGCGGACUCACCGUCGCUGCUGGUGUGAGCAACCACACCGACCACACGAAUGCCAACCUAGCCAACCUAAUGUUAUUAUACCGCAUGGAUUAGGAUUAUUACAGUAUAAUAAUAUGCCUUACUAUUAGGUAUAUUUUCCUUUAAAAUUAUUAUAACAUUAUCAUUCUCAUCAGGUCUGUGGAAUGCGUUUUAAAUGUUUAAACGACGAUAAUGCCGGACGGGCGCAACUGCGUCUUGGGAUAGGGGUGGGGAUUGGGCGUCAAGAAAAUAUCGAUUACUUUCCUUAAAAUACGUGGCUUGUAAAUGACAUUCAAUUCACGUGAAAUAUUACGCACGAAAAAAAUAUUAUCAUAAUUAUGUAGAUAGGUAUAGUAUAAAAUAUCGGAAAACGAUAACUGCUCUACUUCUACUGCACCACCACGCGUGUUGUGAAAGUCAACAAUAAGUGCACCUAACACGAACCACACGCGUAAUUCAGUUAUAUACAUAUAAAUUAAAGCAAAAUAAUAAUAGCCAUCAAAACAAUGAACAAAAGUAUACAAAAUAUAAUAUUAUAGUACUGUUGUUUGACUUUCUAAAACAAAAAAUACCUAUAAUAGAUAAAUUAAUGUAUUCGCGCGUUAUUUGUGUUAGUCAAUUGUAUCUAAAGAUUUACCUUACCUAAUUUUGUUUUGUUAUUUUGUGUUUUUAGAACUUAAUACCGUAUUUUAAAUUGUAAUAGAACAUUUUUUUUUAUCAUUAGAAAUUUGGGAAGUGGGUUGGCUGUACGCCGUCUUGUGUCAUACAACAAUACUUUUUAAAUUUUAUCCCUAUAAUAUAUUUCAAUACAAUCAAACACGCACAUAUGUAUAUUUUAUUUCAGAAGUGUCACUAAAAUGGGAUUUAUUUUUCAAAAACCUUCAAUUUGAAAUGUAUUUAGAAUGGUGACAAUCUCUAUACGUUAUUCUAUUGAUAAUAUUUAAUAUAUAUUAUGUCUGUAAAUUUUAGACAUGUUGUACUUACAAACAUUGUAUUAUUGUAGUAAAAUUGUACUAUUAGAUGGUUUAUGGCAUAAAGUAUUAUUUUGUCUAUAACAUGCAAUUUUAAUAUUCCAUGUUGCCCCUAUUUUUUUUACUGUUGUGGUAUUUAACGAAAAAUUAAACUUUAAACUUUUAAACAAAAACAUGUAUUGAGCCGCUUAUUUCUAUACAAAAAAAAAUGUUAACAUCAUAUUAAAUAUUAUACUGGACGGGUAUGUUUGUUUUCAUAAUAUUGCAUUUUAUGUCUAGAUGAGCAGAACGGUGUACCACAAAUCUCAUGGCGUGUUCAUACACUUCAGUCCUAUAAUAAAUAACAAAUUCUUCCAAUAUUCGAUAUUUGUAUGCAUGGAAAUUGUUAGAAAAAUAUACUGUUUUAGUUUUUGAAAUAAAAAUAAAAAUAGGUAUAGGCUGUUUGAAAAUCAAAAGUUGCAAUAGUGGAUUCACCGACAAAUACGAAAGUGAAAAAAAUAACAAGGCCAAGAUUAUAUAAGACAAUAGUAUUGCAUGUUUCUACCGACAACCUUUAUAAAAAAAAAUCAAUACCUUUCAAAAUUAUGAGCAUUGAUAAUGUUAAAAAAAUCACUCUAUAUACACUUAUAAACUAUAUUUUAUUUUGUAUCAUUGUAUGCUAAGACUGCAUUGGUAUUUAAUUACAGUGUUGUAUUUCAUAUCGUCCAUGUAUUUUAACAAACGCAUUUCCAAUCAUUAAAAGUAAUAUAAAAUAUACUUUUUUGAAAAAAAAAACUCACUUACAAAUAGUUCCAAUAAUUGAAAACAAAUUUUUUUCGAUCGACUGGUUCCGUGUUUCAAUACUAUUGACUAAAAUAUGUUGAUGUACAAAAGUCGGAUUUGACCACAUGGUCCAUAAUAUUUGACGUACCACGUACAGUCAUGUAAAUAUAAUAGGAAAACAUUUUUUAUUUAAUUCCUUUAUCCGGAACAUAGAAUACCUAUGUAUGUAUAUCUAUAUCAAUUACCUAAUAAUUGAUCUCAGAAGUGUAAAUAGUAACGUGUCUCCCAAAAAACUAUUCGUUACAAGCUUUUUUUAAUAGUGUGUUACAAAAAAAAAAGUUACAUAACAAAAAAAACUCUCAGUAAGUAAUAACAAUAACGUCAAUGAUUUGUUCCGAUAUUAAGUUAUAUAAUCUAUUUUCAACUAUUCACGUACUAGUAUGCUUUCUUAUUGAAUACUAUGUACCAUAACAUAAUAUUCCCUAAAUCAUUGCAAUUUAUUUGUUGAAAUGAUCUAUCUUCUCGGCACUAUAUUAUUUUCACUUUUAGAAAUGAUCUAUCUAAUUGUAUAAUAUUCCUAGUAUUAUAUUUAAGUUGUAUAUUGUAUAACCACCACACACAUUUUAUUAUUGUUAGAUAAAUAAGAUAUGUACCCAAUAUACAAAUAAUUAAUAAUUAAUUUUUAAGGUAUUGUUUUAGGUAUAUGUGGAAAUUUAAAAUGAUAAUGUACACUAUAUUUUAUCUGUAAUGUAGCUAAUGUGUUAUUGCUUAUUAUAAAUAGAUGUUUAAAUGUAUAGUUAUUCUGUUACUGAUAAAAUUCAAUUGAGAUACAUUUCGUACAAUUUGAAUCUUAACCCUGUGUCAUAUUAGAUAGGUUAUACGCCUCAGUAAUAAGUUCCAACACUCAUCCGGUCAGUGGCGGAUCUAGAGCUUAAUUUUGGGAGGGGCAUGGGGUGGUAAAAGUACAAAAAGUUCCAAAACUGGCUACAAAAUUGGCUAAACACAGUGUAAGACAAAAGAAAACUAGGGCAAUUGAGGGGGGGGGGGUGGCAUCCUGUGGUACGUUAUAUGGUUACUGACAUACUGUUCAUUGGUAAUAAAUUAAAACUCUAUGUAUGGUUGUAUGUAACAUACGAGUAUAGCUAUAAUUAUAUUAAAGGACCACAUCGUUAUCAUUUUUUUCAUAUUUUUUCAUUAGGAGGUACCUAGGUAACUAGUUAAUUAAAAAUUAUAACGCCAUUUAAAGGGUUACAAUAAUUAUUGCUAGAUACAAAUAAAUAAUAUAGGCUUACACUGUUACUGUUUUUGUGAGGUCCGCUACAAAGCUUGGAAUUUUUUUGAUUCUGUUUUCAGACAAUUCCUAAAAUUACAAAAAAUGUGUUUUUGUUCAGGUUUUAGUUUUAAGGAAUACUGGUACUUAUUUAAAAGCUUGAAAUUGGGUAAGUGUCAAUAAGAAAAGUAAAGAAGUGAUAAAAAGCUAAACACAUAUAGAUAUAGUUAUCAUGGAAGUUACUAUUAUGAUUUAUAUCAAAAUGAAUGAACAAAUCAGUACACUAUGCUAAUUUUAUUUAUACUUAAAUAAUAUUAGAUUUUAAAUUUUAAAAUAACAAAAUUAUCUCAUAAAAUAAUAUAAUUUUUUUCCCCUAAAAUAUUAAUGAUAAUAUGAAUAAAAAAAUAAAACUCAAAUCUAGCGCAUCCUAGUUGGGUCCCAAGUUCUAGGGGCUAUACUAGUUGAGUCUGGGAUUGUUUUAGGUACUACACUAGUUGGGUCCAGAAUUAUUAUAGGUACUACACUAAUUGGGACAGUUGGGUACGGGAUUUUUUCAGGUAUCUACUACACAAGUUGGGUGCCCACUUAUUAUAGGCAUUACUCUAGUUGGGUUCCUAAUAUUUUUUGAUAAGUACUGAACUGUACUUACAUUUUCUCAUUUUAAUAGACUAAAUGUGUUAGGUUAAAUGUAUCUAUUUAGAUGGGGUUGAAAAUGUUUUUUCAAAGUUUCUUUUUUUUUUUUUUACUGUCUUUGCUAGGUAUUAAAAAUAUAAAUUAUUAGUAUUUUACAAAUUGUUAUAUAAUACAAUUAUAAUUACAAUUCCAAAAAUUAUAGUCGUAUAUAUUUUAACUAAAAUAAUCCCAGACCCAACUCGGAUGCAGCCAAAACCUAUAGCACUCGGGCACUGGUAUCUAUAGUCUAUACCAGUAAUUCUCAACCUUUUUUGAUUCAUGUCACCUUUAGCCACUAGAAUCAAACAUCGCGUCACCCUAACUGUGUAAUGUAAAAAAAAAAAAAAAACCUAACAUCAAAAUAAUAAACAAUCUUAGCUGUAUAUAUUAAAAUUAUUCUUUUAUUAAAAAAAAAAAUACAGUAGAGAAAAAAAUUAAAGUUAAAAAAAAAAUAAUGAUUUAUUUAAAUUUAAUGUGAAAUGGUGGUGGUAUAGGUGUAAGAAAUAAUAUGAUUGUUUUCGAAAUUUUAUUAUUAUUAUUAUAAUUUUACUAUUAUCGAAAAAUUUAUUUUUUAAAUUUUUUCUUUUCUUGUUAAAAUUCUGCGUCACCCCUAAGCUAGGUCCACGUCACCCUAAGGUGACAUGUCACCCCGGUUGAGAACUACUGGUAUAAUAUACCGUAAUUUAAGUUUAUCGGUAUAGACUCUAUACCGAUAAACUUAAAUUACGGUUCCUGUCAGGUACUAGUCCCAAAAUGUUCAGAGGGUUUCUUGUUGCAAUGGUUUACUUACUACAUAAAUAAUUAAAAACUACUUUAUAUAUUUGAUGGAUUCAUGACGAUGAUGUUAAUUCAAAGUUGGAAUAAAAUAACCUAUUUGUAAAAAGUAGUCGACAAAAUACCAGUUUAUGUGAAAUUGACAUGAAUAUAUUAUUAUGAUCAUUUUAACAUUAUAUUAAUAUCAUACGUAUAUUCAUAAUUGUAUUAUAUUAUAUUCUACUUAUACAUAGAAUAGGUACACA